AUGGCCGUUGUUGCCGUGAUCAACAGUCAACAAAUUUCGCCGCGUAGUCGCUAUCGUCGCUGUGGUUUGCCGAUUAAUUACCGAAGCUCAAUCUUGAAAAUUUCAUUCGCUCCAUCAAAGACGGCGAAUUCACACAGCACCAUUUACGGAAUGAUAAAAGAAGGAAAGUACAAUGAGGUGAUCCGAAUACUUCAGUAUGAGGUGCAACGGACUCCAUUGAAUCGCGCUGCAUUGUCUCUGCUAGGAUAUUGCUAUUACUUCACCCAGGUAUCGGAUGUGUUUUCAUCAUAA